AUGGGAAAGAAGAAAGCUACAAGUACUGCAACUAAGGGAACUAGGAAAACAAAAGCCACAUGGCUUGAUGAUAUAGUAGCUAUAUUUUGUCAUAUAGCUCGUAAGGAAGUUGCAAAGGGAAACAGGCCAGUGCAUCAGGAAACUGGUUUUGGAUGGGAUCCUGUUAAGAAGACUGUUGAUGCAUCUGCUGAAUGGUGGACAAGUAAAAUUAAGUCCAAUCCAGAGUACCGCAAAUUUCGUGAUGUGGGAAUCAAUCCUGACAUGAUGAAUAUUUAUGAUCAGAUGUUCAAAGGUAGGCGUAGCUCUAGGGUAUUGGAGGAUUUUGAGCAUGAUGAGGAUGAGGAUCCCAAUCCCGUGGAAGAUAUUCAAGGUAGGGGGAAAAAGAGAACAACUAUGGAAAUGCAAACAAACGGUACUAAAGACAAAUGUGUUUUAAAAGGGGCAAAUGGGAAGAAAGGAAGGGUGGGAGGUGCGGCAAAAUUGUCUAAGCAAAUUGAUCGCCUUGUUGAAGUAGUUGAGAGUAGGAGUACGGCUACAUCAAUUCCCACAAGUGCACAAGCAACUAGUAUUCAGGAGGUCAUGCAAGUUGUUGCAACUUUACCAGGAGCUAAAACUGGAACCAAGCUGUGGUGGUUUGCAACUGAGUUGUUUUGCUCUCAAGAAAAGCGAGAGAUGUUCUCUAUCAUGACAGAUGCUGAUCUGAAGCUCCAGUUUUUGACUCUUAAUAAAAAAAAGGCUGAUCCUUCUUUUGUAAUGUGA